AUGGCGGAUGUAGACUCUGGAAUAGCAAAAACUGGUGCAUACAAAUACGAAGAUGGUACUCGCUAUGUGGGUGAGUGGAAUUCUAAGGGACAAAAGCAUGGUAUGGGCCAUCUAGUGCUUCCCGAUGGUACAAGAUAUGAUGGUGCGCUGGCCAGUGGACUAUGCUCCGGACUAGGUGUUAUGGCAUUCCCUGAUGGAGCUAAAUAUGAAGGAGAAUUCAUGCAAGGAUGGUUCCAUGGUCAUGGAGUAUUUUGGCGAGCUGAUGGUAUGAAAUUCGAAGGAGAAUUUCGAGGUGGACGCGUUUGGGGAUUGGGCAUCGUAACUUUCAAUGACGGAAGCAAUGGUUUUCCAAGAAACGAAGGUUAUUUCCAAGAUUGUAGAAUGGUGCGUCGUAAGCGUUGUCCCGAAGUGGUGCAGAGAGCUCAGAAGGUGGCUUACAUGGCGAGAGCUCAGUGUCAACAGAUGUGA